AUGAUUUUGAGGCUUCUGCUCGGUUUGGCCGCUCUUCAGGCCACACUGGCUAGCCAUUGUGUUGUCAACAAUAGUCCACUGUAAGUGCGGGUUCAUUUUGUUAUGAGGGGUUAUCUAAAUUUGGUUUUGAAUGCUGAAAAAAAGCAUUUUGCUUAUGUUGUCUAUGGUGAUGAUAGGAUUUUUGGAUGUUUUGAAGUUUCUAACAAAAUUUUAUGUUGUAGCUUUAGAGUAAAGUAAUUAAAAGCUUUUAUAAAUUCUUUAUAAUGUUAUGGGAUAUUCAUAAUGGCGGGUUUGUUUUAAGUCGAGCGUUAUUUUGUGUUGUUCAAGGUAUAGAUGGGUGUUUGGGAUUUCUUUCAAUCAAAGGCUGCAUUCUUCGAUAAAUUCAUAAAAAGUGUGGCAAAGCUUUUUGCAUAGUCUCAUGAUUAUUAUGGUAUGUAUUAAAUUACCAAACUCGUUUUAUUUUUAUUAAAAAAUUGCGUUUUUUUCGAUGUUAUCGUUGAUCCUGUUUUUGUUUUGUUUCUUUUGCAUUUAGGUGAAGUCUUUGAGUAACUGUUUGAAACUGAGUAAGGUAUAACUUUGUCUUGGUUUUUUAUGUUGGUCUUUAAAAUUUUUAAUAGUUUUUAAUUUUUAUUUAAUUCAAUUUUGGGAUGCACUUUUGUUUCCCAAUGUAAUCAAUUGAUGUCAUUGUUUUACAGUGUUAAUAGAGAUUUUGAAACUCAAGCGUAGGGGUUGCUAUGAUUCAUGACGUCAAUCUAAACGUAACAUGUUCAAGUCGUAUAUAUUUUAAUUUGUUUUGUCACAAAGUGAUGUUUUACUUUAGAGGAAAUCGAGCAUCCAACUUGAUUUAAAGUUUCAGUUUUAAGCAAUUUUUUGGGUUUUCUGACAAAUUAUGGCCAAAGAGAUAUUGCGAAAAGGAAAAAGGGUAUUAUUAUAUUAUGAGUGUUUAUUUUUAGGACAUUGAGCAGUAAAGAUUGUACGUCAGUUACCUUGAAGUUGAGGGUCGAUAAAUUGAAUGACAUUGGAUUUAAACAAAAUAUCGAAGAUGGAUCUGUGUGUAAUGCUGACAAUGAUGUUGAGUAAGUGAAAGUAUUAUAGCUACUUAAUUUCAAGUUUUGUUUCAAAAACUUUGUUUUGCUUAAGAUAUUGAUGUAUGUUUUGUUUAGAGUGACGAUAGUUGAUGAAGGUUGUGUAUUGUACCAUGUGAAGAAUGUAUUUGACGGUGGGAAGAAUCGUACUCAAAUUUAUGACAGCCAAAGUGAGGGUUUUUUAAAACUAUGGUUAAUGUAUAAGCUCUAGUUAAAGUAUAAGAUCUUUCUUACAGCUUAUAAUUAAUAUGUAAGCGUAUAAGCCUUAAUUAUGGAUGAAAGAACAAUUGAUAAAGGUUAAUAUUAAAUUGCAGUGAUUACGUAUAGCUUUAGCAUAUAAUUUUAGAAAAGCUGGUGAAAGAAGUGGAAAAGCUGUCAGGAUUGGAGUAUCAUCUACUUUCUGGAGAUACAAUUGAAGGUAAAGUAGAGGAUGUAAAGUAUGCGCUGAAAUGUAUGGAUAACAAGAAGAACUCCAAGCUUUUGGGUGUAAAAGUCAACUUCAAAAAGUCAUCUUGUCAUGUUAGACUAGAAUUUGUGAGCUUUUUGAUUUUUUAUUGAAUUCACAAUCUACUAAGGCUUAGAAGUUGCUAUAUUAUGGUUUAGUACCAUCAAAUAUUAACUCUAACUAAUUUUACUAUUUUAGAACAAAGAGGUGAAGCAAUUCUACGAUGCCUUCGACUUCUUAUGGGACCACUUCUUCCAACUUUUCUUCGUUUUUCUGUUUCUCGUUUUACUGUAUGUUUUAAUUAUUGCUUACUACAUCGCGAUGCAUCGUAUAUUAGUUUUUAUUUUGAUUAAAAAUUUGAACUUUGACGAAUUUUUAACAAGGGGCGAUAAAACUUACUGUUAUGACAACACUUGUCAUCUUUUACUAUUUUUGGGGUUUUCUAUGUAGUUUUGGACCGUUUUUAACCUUAAGACGUUUUAUGAAUAUGAGGUUUACUCUAAUAUUUAUGAUUUCUAGGAUAUUGAUGUUGAUUUGCGUGUUUUUGCGUCAAAAAUCGAUGAGUAGACGUCAAAUGGACAUUACUAGAGAGGUGGGUUAUUUAUAUUAUUCUAUAGAAUGUUCCUAUGGUUUUUUUUAAUCAAAAUCUUUAAAAAAUAAUGUUUUGAACAAAAUUUAAUUUUUUUCAAAAUUUUGUUGCUGUAGAAGGUUUUACGACAAAUAUCGCUUCAGCCCGGCUUUGACAAUCCAGUAGCAGUUCGAAUUGAAUCUGACGAAGUGAAGCCAGAGACCGAGAUCACCGUAGUUACAGAACAGCCCCGCCACAAGAAGUCUGUAGUUUUGGAGUUGAGAGAAGACUUCAAGAUGGCUAGUUUGGAUGUUCCGGCGACAAAACGAGAAAGCGAUGGAGAAGAUGAGAUUCUGGUGAGGAAACACUCUUCAGAAGUCGAUAACCUUGGUCCGAACGCCAAAAUACAGAAGAUUAUUAACAGGAAAAAGGCUGAAGAGGCGGCCAAGGAUGGUGGUGGACAGGGUAAGAUGUGGUUUGUCUUUAAAGUUCAAGUUUAUACCUAAAAAUGAGCUGAAAAUGGUAAAAAUGGGGAUUUUUAAAGGUUUUAGUGUCAUAAAAUACGAUUUUUGUAACUUUUUCAAAAAUAAAUUUUGGCAAAAGAACCUCUAGAACACAACUUCUCAACUGAAGAACUGACAGCGCCACAGAUCGACCAGUCGGUUGAAAGUGAGGAUGAUCAUUCGACUAAGAUUGAAUUGCCGAAAAUCGACCAAAACUCGGAUAUUAUGGAUGAAAAAAGCUCAAAAUCAAACGAAACCUCGACAAAUCAAUCAGUUAUUGAAUGUUCUGAACAAUGCAAAAAAGAAUGUCAUGCCCAAAAACUUGAAAAUGGAGGAAAUCUAGAUGGAAACGUAGAAAAAGACCUGGAAAUGGCUCAAAUUGAAGAAAAAAAGAAAGAAAUACCGGUCGAAAAGUAUCAAGAAGUAGAUUUGGACGAAUUAUUUGGUCGAUUGGUUGAUGGUCCCGAGAAGAGAAGUGUUCAUAGUCAAUAUUCGGACAAGCAUGAUGAAGAAGGUGAUGGCAUUUCGAAUAAAGAUAGUCGGAAGGAAAAGAAAUUGACCAAGAAGAUGAAGAAGGAACGACAGAACAGUGUGAGAGCGAGUGUCAGAAGAAAGGGCGUGGUUGUCGCGGAUAUUACUGUAAGUUUUGAGGGGUUUUGAAUUAUUUUUUAGUUUUAACUUUAAAUUUAUACUACUAGUUUAUAAGACGGUUUUAAUUGGCUGCUGCUGUUUGUGCAGCUUCAAAAUGAAGUCUGUAAGGAUAAUGUGGUAAAAAUUACAUAAAUUAGCGAUUUUCUUUUAAAAAUGAGGCCUAAAAUUUAAAAGUAAGUAAGUUCUGGUCAAAAUAUUUUAAAAUAUGACAAACUUAAUAAAAUUUCAAACUUUUUUUCAUGAAAAACAUGUUUUAGAAGCCGAAAAAGAAGCGUUGCAAUUUGAUAAAAGGCCUGAAAAAGCAAGUGAAGCGAUUUCAGAAAAUUGAUGAAGAAAAAGAACAAAAGUAA